GUACAGUGCGCAGCAACCAGCCACUCACUCUCCACAAGCACAGGGUACAUGCACACCGGAAUACAGCUGCGUUUUGUCCAAACCAGGGAAAGCUGGAAGUAUGUCUCGGUUUUGGUGGAUUUCUUUCCAAAUGUCUGCUUUUCAUCUGUAGGACGUUUCUUUUUCUGUUACUUUUUUGGGUUGAUGUGAUUUCAGCGCCCGCCUGUCUAGUGGACGUACCCGUUGUCUGACUCUUGCCUUCUCUUUGGAUUUUCCUGCAGUUUUGUUUCUUUCUCCCAGACUUCCCUCAAUGUCUGAAAGCGGCUUUAAGAGGAGACUUAGUUCUCCAUCCCGCUCCCCGAAGACCACGUUUGGGUAAAGUUUUUUUAAAAUAUAAGGGUUGGUUUUGCUUUGUGUUCAACCGUCCUUGGGAUUUUGCAAUUAAUUAUUUGCAAGAACCUGGAGAAAAAAAACACUGUCUCCCUCAACGGGGACCUUUUGUUGGAAUUAUUAAUUUACUGGAUUAAUUGAUCCAUCAUGACCACAGUUCUUGAAGGUGGUAGGCUCAUGGUCCUGGCGGUGUGGCUGAAUCUGGUGCCACUGCUGGAGGGCUGCCCGGCCAAGUGUGUGUGCUUCAGCGAGCCACGUCCCACCGUGGCAUGCCAGCAGCAGAGCCUGCUGUCCAUCCCCGCCGAGAUCCCGGUGCGGAGCCAGCGCAUCUUCCUGCAGAGCAACAAACUGACGGUGGUGCGCUCAACCAGCUUCAGCUUGGUGCGCAACCUCACCGUGCUCUUCCUCUACAAGAACAACAUCAGCCACAUCGAGGCCGGUGCCUUCUUCGGCCUGGAGCGGCUCGAGGAGCUGGACAUCAGCGACAACAACAACCUGCGCCUCAUCAGCCCCACCGCCUUCCAGGGCCUCACCAAGCUGCACACCUUGCACCUGCACAGGUGCGGCCUGUCGCAGCUGCCCGUGGGCGUGUUCAGGGGGUUGUUCUCCCUGCAGAAGCUUUACCUCCAGGACAACAAUCUGCUUGCCCUGCACGACGACACUUUCCUCGACCUGGCCAACCUAACCAUUCUUUUCCUGUACAACAACAAGAUCAAAGUGGUGACGGACCACAUGCUGCGCGGCCUCAACAGCCUGGACCAACUGCUCCUGCACCAGAACUUGAUCACCUUUGUACAGCAGCGAGCCUUCAGUCACUUGAGCAAACUGACCACAUUGUACCUCUUCUUUAAUAACUUAACAGUCUUAACUGGGGAGACAAUGGACCCCCUGGUUUCCCUCCAGUACCUCAGACUAAAUGGCAACCAAUGGAUCUGCGACUGCCGUGCCAGAACCCUUUGGGAGUGGUUCAAGCGCUUCAAAGGCUCCAGCUCUGAGCUCGAGUGCCACGUGCCAGCCACACUGGCAGGCAAGGACCUGAAAAGGCUGAAAACAGGCGACUUGGAGGGAUGUGUCGACUCCACGUCCCAGGUCCAAACCAGUAUCUUCAGCACCAAAAGCCAUUCUGGAAAGUUCUUCUCGUCAGACGACAUGCUGGGGGAACCCAUUCCCAGGUGUUGUCUGACCGGCUAUGACAAGUCCUCCAUCAUCUCCAGCAAAACAAUCCCUGACCCCUCGUCCUACAACAGCCGCCAAAUCACCAACAAUCCCCUGAAGGACAAGGAAAACAUAUCAAAGACUAAGUCUCGAGAGGAGCGAACAAAAAACGACACCCGCACCAAGCAGAGCCUGAAUGAUGGGCCUUUGGGGACAUUAUCCAACGGCCUGGACCAGUCUCUCGGAAACGUACAGCCUGAGCUGAUAGAAACCCUGGAGCCAUCCACAGCCCCCUCCAGAAAGAAAAAGAAAUGUGUGAAGAAGCCUAAAUCAGACACUCAGUGUCUUAAAGGUCACGGAUCUACAGUGGAAACCCUGAGCCUUGUCCUUUUGCCCUUGUUCUGGCUCCUGGUGACCAUGUCUUAAUUAAUGCUAAAGAAAAAAAAAUGUCUUUUGUUCAUCAUGCUCAUGACGGCGAACCUGCAGGAACCUCUACGCGCAGGCAGAGACUGUGAGACGGAAUGCGGGCUUGAGCCACAGCUGCGAAAACUGACAAAGAACAAAAGAAUUUAAAAAAACGAUGACGUUGAGGAUAAAUCAAAGAAAUGGAUGCCUUUACAGAACCCAUCAGAUUUAAUGUAUAUAAAAGAAUUGGUGCCCACAUGUUUGUCGUAUGUACUUUACUGUACUGUGUCUAAGCAACACUUUGGAGAGUUCCCCCUUCCCCCUUCCCUCGCAAAGUUUGUACUGAAAGACGAAGAGGACAGUUGACAGCCCAGAGGAAAAGCAAGGGCAGAGAUAAAAAAAAAAGUAUUGCAGUUGUGAAUGCACACAGAAAAUGUUGCUGUUGUAAGACCUGGGAAGUGACAGGAUCUCUGUUCCCUACGUUUUAUUCAAAGUGAUGCAUUUGUUCAAAAUUGUUGCGUUUUUUUAUGUUUCUAAAUAUUUCAGUAAAGAAAAGAAAAGUUUAUUCUCCCCAAAUAUGAGUUCUGAUUUCAUCACACCAUGGUUAAAGAUGGCAUUUGUUGAGGAAUGCUGUCUAAAUGUUCACCAAGAUUGCGAUGGAAUUAUAGAUAUGCAUUUUAUUUUAGUGUUGUACAAGUAUAAAUAUAUUAUAAAUAAAAUAUCUCAUUUUCUA